AAGUCCGGAACGUUCAGGAAGGAAGUCAAAGCUGUCAAACGGGUCUCUACCUUUUCUGAGGUUAGUAAUGGAGUGCUCCAGGAACUCUAUCCUCUUCAGAGAAAACUUUCCAACUUCUGCUAUGUAGUCUGGGAAACAUAAUAAGUUAAUUAAGCGUUAAAGAAAAACAAUGGCGUCGGAGGUGAAAUUAAACGGGACCGAACUUUUGGAAGUUAACAUAUGCGACAGCGUAUGUUCCGAGGACGAGAGCGGCGUUUUUGUCAACUCUGUCGCCUCCUUUCAGGAUGAUUUCUCCGGCUUUCAGCAGUGGACGAACCCCGCCGAGUCACCUAACGACACAUCAUCACCCCCGGGACAGCAGGUCCCCACCGGGGAGCACGGAGCUCCGCCUGGCACUCGCAGGACCAGCACGGCCGGUGAUAGUGACUCUGAGUUCCUGGGAGAUGGAGUCAAGUCUCUGAGGUCCUCCAUAGUGGACUGUCUGUUGGUGGAGCUUUAUGAUACGUACAAUGGAGGCAGCAGGAGGAAUUUGGACAGCUGGGACAGCUCCACCGAGGCGUCCGGCUCUGAUGCGUUCCUGGGCCGCAGUAACUCCGGGUCCAGCUUCCUCCAGGAGCUCCAGGAGAAGCACACCAGGAGGCACCAGAUGAACUACCUGGCCCAGAAAGCCCCAGAGGAGCUGCAUUCAAUCAUCCAGGAGGUCAAAUAUCGUACAGGCCUGCAGUCGGCCAAGCUGCUCCGCCAGCUGAAGAGACGGGACCGACUUUGCCACAAACUGCAGAAGAACUACGACAUUAUCACAGCUUGCCUUCAGGCGGUCUCACAGAAACGACGAGUUGACACGAGACUGAAGUUUACCAUCGAACCAUUGCUGGGAAAAAAUGGAUUCCAGCAGUGGUACGACGCACUUAAAUCAGUGGCGAGGCUCCCUACUGGGUUACCAAAGGAAUGGAGGAAGAGGGUUUGGCUAACGCUAGCAGACCAGUACCUCCACAGUAUCUCUAUUGACUGGGAGAAGACGCUUCGCUUCGCCUUCAACGAGCGCAGCAACCCUGAUGACGACUCCCUCGGCAUCCAAAUCGUCAAGGACCUGCACAGGACAGGCUGCAGUUCCUACUGCGGCCAGGAGGGGGAGCAGGACCGGGUGGUGCUGAAGAGGGUGCUGCUGGCGUACGCCCGCUGGAAUAAAAGUGUGGGCUACUGCCAAGGAUUCAACGUGCUGGCUGCACUAAUACUGGAGGUCACAGAGGGCCACGAGAGCGACGCACUUAAGGUGAUGAUCUACCUGAUUGACAAAGUGCUGCCUGAGAGUUAUUUUGCCAACAACCUGCGAGCAUUGUCAGUGGACAUGGCGGUGUUCAGAGACCUGCUGCGCCUAAAGCUGCCCCGACUGUCGCAGCAUCUCCACCAGCUGCAGAAAGCUGCCAACAGAGAGGCCGGAGGCAGCUACGAGCCUCCGUUGACCAACGUGUUCACGAUGCAGUGGUUCCUCACCAUGUUCGCCACCUGCCUGCCAGCGCCCACCGUGCUGAAGAUCUGGGACUCUGUUUUCUUCGAGGGUUCAGAGGUGCUGUUUCGAGUCGCCCUCGCCAUCUGGGAGAGACUGGGAGAGAGGAUCGAGUACUGUCACUCAGCGGACGAGUUUUACAGCACGAUGGGUUGCCUCACUCAGGAGAUGCUGGAGAACAACCUCAUCGAUCCUCCUGAACUCAUGCAGGAGGUUUACUCCAUGGCCGUGUUUCCUUUCCCUCAACUGGCUGAGCUGAGAGAGAAAUACACCUACAACAUCACUCCGUUCCCCACUUCAGUCAAAUCCAGUGGAAGUGGCGGUCUGGGCAGCUGGGAGAGCGAUGACGACGCCGACAUGGACGAUGAAGACUCGGUGGUGACGGCGCUCGGCUGCCUCGGUCCCCUGGGCGGCCUGCUGGCCCCCGAGCUGCAGAGAUACCACAAACAUCUCAAAGACCAGCGAGGCGAGCAGGGGAACAUCGCAGAGCUGAGCCCGGGAGCGGUGGGAGCUGCAGGGGGAGGAGGUGGAGGAGGUGGAGGAGGUGGUGCCAGGGCGGAGCAUCAAGCAGCAAUCAACAGCAUGAUGAUGGAGAGAAUGAGCACCGACAUCUACGCCCUGAAGAAGCAAUAUACACGCAUCAAAAGGCGGCAGCAGCAACAGGCUAUGCAGCUCUACAUACGCACAGGACCCGGACCUGAAGUGGCCACAAGUCCUGGGGUUCUGCAGGAACGUCCCGACACACACGGCGACAGUACCGACCAACACGCUGACGACAAGUGCCCCGCCACCCGUGUCCUGCCCUCCCAACUGAACCCUUCCAGCACCGUAAUCAACCACCUCCUUCUGGGUCGGAAGCCACGCGGAGAUCCCCGGGGCUCCAGACCCACCUACCCAAGCACAUCCACCCUACCAGGGUCCAGACCUGCUUCUCUGUCCCAGAGUCAGGGCUCCCCGGCCAGCCAGCGCUGUGGCUCGCUGCUCUCUACUAGUACUGGAUCUCCAGGGAGCUCUGGAGGCGGCGCGGGGUCUCCCUGGCGUGCUCAUGUCCGGGUACAUCGAAGGAAUGUAGCCAGGGCCCGAGCACAGCUGGGCUUUGGAGAUGAGGAGGAAAGGGAAGAUGAGGAGGAGGAGGAGGAAGAAGGAUCGGUUAUAUUUGAGAGUGAAGAGGAGAGGAAGGUUGAGGAAGAUGCGAGAGAUGAUGAUGAGGAGCAGAAACAGGGCAGUGACUCCGCUGUGUCUCCUCCUCUCUCGACGGAGUGUGAAGAUGAACCGCAGGAGGCAGAUGAGACAGAAGUCUUAGAGGUGGUGGUGCAGCUUAGCUCCCUGGAUCUAGAGGACGAAUCAACUCUGACCUCCCCCAACGACGCAGACACACAACCCCCAGUACCGCAGUCUAAACCUGCCCCCCAGGUUCCUCUUCUGCCUCCUCCACCGCCCACAAACAGACACAAAGAGUCUGAUUCCUCUGAAAGAACAUCUGACGAACACUUUUCCUCCAUCGUUUUACGUCCACCUCACCACUUUAACUCCUCCCCCUCCCGCCUGAGUCCGUCACCCUCUCCGGUCCCUACAUCGGCUUCUCUAGCUCCGUCCUGCUCGUCCUCUCCUACGCCACCCUCCACCCCAACGCCAAGCACCACAUCCUGCCUUCCUUCGUCCCAAUCAGCUAACGACUUCUCCUCUCUUGCCGCGUCCUUUUACAAAACGUCCUCCCCCUCCACUCCCUCGCUCUCCUCUAUCGCCUCAUCGUCCAGAUCUCAUUUAUCCUCCUCCCCGUCAACCCCAGCGUUGUCGUCCACCCCCAAGCAGCCGGUCUAUUCCCCGUUCCCGAGCGUUAAGCAGCCCAGGAAGUCGGCGGCAGCCAGAAAUCUUGGUCUCUAUGGUCCUACAUCCAGAACGCCCACAGUACACUUCCCUCAGCUCAGCCGCAACCUCAACCGCAGUAGCGCUGCGGGCACCACCGGGAGCCGAUGAAGAUAUGAAAUAUCUAACUACACCUUGUUGCCUCCUGCGUAUCAAGAGAUAACCCACAUCUUAUCUGAAGGAGGUUGAAAGUUGUAGAAAUGUAAAGUUCAGACGCCUGCGGCUCGAUUAUGGAUGUUAAAAUGUGAAGAUUGUAGUUCACCUGAUAAAGGGGUCAUCCUGAAAUCUAUUACAGACACACGUUUAAGAAGUAGUUGACCAUUAAUUGUGAAGAAAGCUUCUUCUUAUUAUUUCAACCGCGUUAGUACCGCACAUCUGAGGAGCGUCCAGGACCGUCACCGUGUCGAGACCUUCGCAGUGACCGACUGGCCAAGACGAACUCGUAGGGGUAACAUGAUGACGUACCUUCUUACACAACAGCCAUCCAGUUGUUUCUAUGCCAAGUAUUUAAAAUAAAUACCUAAUUGCUGUAAAUGAAGAAUAAUAAAACAUAAAGUGUGUGCCCCCCCCCCCCCCCCCCAAAGAAACUCCAGAUCUUAAGAUGUUUGAUAAAGCAAAAUGUUUUCUUUAUUCUCUGUCUGUAACUGUUGAACACGAGGCAUGUAAUAUCUGUCAGUAAUGAAGUAAGUGGGAAUGUUAUUCUGUGUUCACAUAAAAUAAACCUGCACAACAUUUAAAAGGA